GGAGCAGUCUCUGGCGGCUGGCGACUAGGAUGGGAGUGCGAGGCAAGCGCACGGCGCCCAGGGUCACGGCCGCCGCGGAGUCUGCGGGGCGCGAAGCCAGCGCCCGGCGCUUUUAAAGCCGGGAUCGCGGCGCGCUCCAGGCGCGGGCGGCGGCCGGAUGGAGAGGAAGGGCUUGGCGGCCCGAGCCUCGGGGAACCCUAGCCCGCCCGCGCUGGGCGAGGGGCCGCGUCCCGUGCCGCCACCGUGCGUCCCGGGUGGCGGAGGAGCCCCAGAGCGGGGCCAGGCUGGGGCGGCGGCCGAGCCAGCGGAGCUCAUCCGGCGCGCGCACGAGUUCAAGAGCCAAGGGGCACAGUGCUACAAGGACAAGAAAUUCCGCGAAGCCAUUGGCAAAUACCACCGAGCUUUGCUGGAGCUGAAGGGGCUGCUGCCGCCCCCAGGGGAGCGGGAGCGGGACGCACGGCCAGCUUCCCCGGCCGGGUUCUCCAAACCCAGCCAUCUCUCAGAGGAACAGAGCAAGACGGUAGAAGCUAUCGAGAUCGACUGUUACAACAGCCUGGCAGCCUGCCUGCUCCAGGCUGAGCUAGUAAAUUAUGAGCGAGUGAAGGAGUAUUGCCUCAAGGUCCUGAAGAAGGAAGGAGAGAACUUCAAGGCCCUUUACAGGUCUGGUGUGGCCUUCUAUCAUCUUGGGGACUAUGACAAAGCUCUCUACUACCUAAAAGAAGCAAGGACCCGACAACCAACAGACACCAAUGUGAUUCGGUACAUCCAGCUGACGGAGAUGAAGCUCAGCAGAUGUUCCCAAAGAGAGAAAGAAGCCAUGUAAUGAAGAGGCCUCUGCCGAGCCACACCCAUACCCGACUAGGGACUUCCAGGCACCCUUGGUGGAGAGUCCCCGUGUGGGCUCUCUUCCCUCUCUCUCCAUUCUUCCUGUACUCCUCCUCCUUCCUGUUGCUCCCCAACUCUGUCUACUCCCAGUGUGAAAAGGUGAGAGGCACUCCUGGACCUUGCUGGGAGGCCCAAACAUGGACUUAUCCUCUUCCCUAGCAGGCCAGCAAAUGGGACAACUGGGGAAGAGUCUCACGGACUGGGUGGGGAUGGCACCGUGGCUUUAACUUGGGCCAGUGUUUCUGAGUCUGGCAGGUGUGAGCAGCGGACAGUCUGGACCCUGUACAUCUUCUUGAUGAACCAGAGCAUCUUGAGGAAACUGAAAGAAAUCUGGGACUGCUGGACGGGGAAGCACUGUUUGACCCAGUGCUAAGACUGUGAAUUUCCUUCCACCCGCCCGGUCACCCCUGCCACACCCCCUUACUUGUCUAGGCUUGUACAUUCUUCUCUCCCAUUGGGAGGUCAGGUCUUUGCCAGGGUUCACAUACCAUUGAGACCCACUCUCAGUGCCCUCUGGUGACCACACAUACCAUUCCCCCGCCUCCCAGCCAGCACACAGCUGUGACAGCAGAAGGGCAGGGUGAAAUGGGCCAAAUGGUGGGGGCAGAGCAGACGGUGUAGGUGACAGAGGAGGGAAAGAAAGAGGCUUGGGUGAGCUGAGGGACUGGACUAAUUAGUAUAAAUAAAACCUAGUUCACAGGCAUCAGUUCCUGUCAUUUCUAUUGAACACAGUCCACUCCCUCACGCCUCUUCCCUUCCUGUCCCUAGGGCAGAGUGGCCUCUAGCUUCCCCUAAAGCCAGUGACCAUUAGCCCAAAACUAAGCACAUGUUGGCCACAGCCUUUGUGCUUUUGGGGUAGGCUGGGAUUGUGGAGACUGCUCCAGGACUUGGAUUUGUGAGAAUUUGUUCAGACCCCCUUUUUUGACAAAAUUACCUGCACCUGGUAUCUAACACAUAACAAACUUUUGUUGAAUGGAUAAAUUUCGACUGCAGACUGACUCUCCUGCCUUAAACUAAUUGGAUCCCAGCCUGGUCUCCUGGCCUGUAUGCUUUUUAUGCUAUGCCAUGUUGAAACACCUCCUGGGGGAUUACAGUUCCCCCACCAUAGUGCAAUAUAGGAUGUAGUCCCAGUCUUCACGGAGAUAGAAACGUUGAGAAAUCCAUAUGAGAUUAUUACCAAUGACACCACUAAUAUGUAGGAUGCUUAAACAUUUUCAAGGCACUUUCAUGUAUUUUCCGUGUGACUUAGUGAGACCUUGUUAUAUAAAAUUAAAAUAUAUACAGAUGCAAUAAUGUUAAUAGUUAGAAUUUAUUAAAUGCUCUAUCUUCAGAUCUUUACAUCUUUACAUGGACAAUCUCAUUUCUUUCAUAUAAUCACUCUGUGAGCUAUUAUUCCCAGGUGAUGGAGAAGAAAACAGAAAGUCAGAAAAAUUGACUUUCCUGAGGUUACAUAGCCUUACAGGACAUGGCUAGGAUUGAACCAGAUCUGUCUGACUCCAGAGCUCUGGCUACUAACUAUCCUAUGCUUAGUUGCCGCUCCGUAACAACUAUUUGAGCAGAAAAAAAAUGCAUUAAGUUGGAAAAUGUUCACCACAUCAGUGCCCUGCCUGCCUUAUAUUUACAUACACAAGAUAGAAAGAGACCAGAAGUCAGAAGCCCUAGUGGCCUGAGCAAUGACCAGCCAGGAGAAGACAACUGAGAGCCAGCAGUAACAUCUGUGUGCUGGUCAUUCUAUUUGCUGAUGGGACAGCAUAAAUCUGGACAACCCACCUGGCAUUCCUCACUGUACGGCCAGCAGUGGGAAAGAGUCACAAUCAUAGGCAAAGACUGAAGAGAAACAGGAAGUUAAUUAUGGGUUACUUGUUUACGUAGUGGCUCUGUCACUGCAAGACCCAGUCACUGCUGAGAGACCCAGAAGCCAACAGCAUAGGUUUUAUCCACACAGCUUCCCCAAACACUUUCACUGGGGGCUGCGGGAAGGUGCUAGAAAUAUCCAGAGAUCCACGGGGGCUCUGGAGAAGAAGAAAAGGAAAAAGCCAUCCCAGGUACCACAUUCCCUGCUUCUGUCCCUGACUUUGACCGUAUCCUGUCUUCCUCCUCCAAAAUGACUUCACAUGACCCAACCCAAAACUCUUCUCAGUCCUGGCAUAUGCCUGUGUCCAUCCCCUUAACCACCAACGCCAUCCCCAAGUUCAGAGUUUAUAAGUUGACAAACUAUUAGAAUGUGAAGGAUGAAAAUGAGGCAUAGGUAGUCUACAGAAUGAGUUCAAGCUGGCAGGCUCCCCCUUUGUUCUUCAAAGUAUUAGUAAUGAUUUAGGUACAUAUUCUCAACAAAGGGGCAAGAGAAAAGGCUUGGUUGAAUGAAUGCAUUGGGUGAGGGUUAUACUCAUAGGGGUAAAAUCAUUGUCCUCCCCCAAAAGAAAAUGCUUGCAAGGCACAACGAGGUGAGGACAAGUGUAUAGACAUUGUCUUAUCCAGUGACUCUAACACAUAUGCUCCUGGGAACUCCAUUCACUGUGACCCAGACUUAAGUGAUGCCCCCCAAUAGAAGCUGCCUGGGGUAUUAGUCAACACUUAGGGGUGGCAGGGCUGAAUUUGCUGUGAAUUUGUCAGUAUAGUCUUCAGAGGGCUGUUUACUCUUCUUUUUUCCACAUCUCCUAAAAUCAAGGACUGUACUCUAAUUACAGACUUGGUGGGUGUCAUUGUUGAACUGUGUAAACAGCACUCAUCAUGAAUCUGAAUGACACUGUCAUCUGCCUGGACUUUCGUGAGAGACCCUUUGACAUAAAACUGAUACUUUUUGUUGUGUUACAAAACCCUCCCGUAUGUAUUGUAAAACGUUUAAGGAAAGUUAAGGAUGAAAUCCAAUCCAUCACACAACCACAUUUUUAUCCUUUUGGCACAUGGUUCAUUCUCCUUGGUAUAAAUGUGUACACAUGCUCUCACCAGUUUUUGUUUGUUUUUUAAUGAGGAAAACUGGGUCAUGCUGUAUAUACUCUUUAAUAACUUACUUUUCAAAUGUGUAUUUAUAUUUUAGAAUAUGCAAUAUGUGCACAGAUAUAUAAAGUUCAAAUAGUACACAAACUCUGCAGUUGGAAGUAAUUCUUUUUCCCUUGUCUGAUCACAGCUAGUUUCCUUCUGGUUUCUUGUAUACCCUACUGAGAUACACAGUUUUUCAAAGAUAUGUAUAUAUAUAUAUGUUCUUUUAUUACUCACAAGUAGUAGCAUAUCAGGUACUUUUUCUCUGUUGCUUUAUGUAACACGUCAUGGGCAUUUUGGCAUGUCUUUUGGAUCUGUACACUAGCAUCUUCACUAUAUGGGUGGAUCUUUACUUUGCAACCUAUCCACAGAUACGGAUGUUUCCACUUGGUCCCAGUCUUUAUUGUAAAUAACGUUGUAUCUGACAUUCUUGUCCCUAAAUUUCGCACAUGUCUAUGAUGAGUUCUUUAGGAUAAAAUCCAAGAAGGAAAUUGCUUGGCUAUUUUCAAGGCUUUUGAUACAUGUUGCCAAUGCCCUGUAGGAAGUUUGUACCAAAACACUGUCCUGUCUGCAGCCCCCAGAGUGCCCCGCUCUCUGGGCCUGAACAAGAACUAUGUAUUAACACUAAUCACAUCUUUGCCAACUUUAUAGGCAAAUGACAGUAUGUCGAUGGUAUUUCAACUGAUUGCUUUAACUUUCUUUGAUUAUCAGUGAAUAACAUUUUCAUAUGCUUCUUGAUCAUUUGUAUUUCUUUCCUUGUGAAUUUCUCUAUUUAUUUGAUAUUGGUAUGUUUAUCUUUAAUGUUUAUUAUCUGUUUGUAACUUUAAGAAUAUUAUUUUUGUGAAGAAAUGCUGUUGAUCUGCUUCCCAAGUGCUUGGCUUUCAUUUACGGUGCUUUUUGACAUACAUAAAUUCCUGAUUCUGCAA